CGACUGGAAGUUCUUUCACCGACCAGCCAUGGCGUUCAAGUUUGUCGUCCUCGCCGCCUUCGUGGCCGCCGCCAACGCCGGCUACCUGGGAGCCCCCGCCGUGGUGGCCCCCGGCGCGGCUGUGGGCUACGCCGCCCCCGCCUACGCGCACGCCCCCCUGGGCUACGCCGCCCCCGCCUACGCGCACGCCCCCCUGGCCUACGCCGCCCCCGCCGUGGCUAAGGUCGCCGCCGUCGACACCGACUUCGACCCUCAUCCCCAGUACAACUACGCCUACGACAUCCAGGACGCUCUGACCGGCGACUCCAAGAACCAGCAGGAGAGCCGCGACGGAGACGUCGUCCAGGGCAGCUACAGCCUCACCGAGCCUGACGGCACCCGCCGCACCGUCGAGUACACCGCCGACCCCGUCAACGGCUUCAACGCCGUCGUGCACAAGACGCCCGCCGUCGCCGCCGUCGCCAAGGUCGCCGCUCCUCUGGCCUACCACGCGCCCGCCGCCUACGCCGCCCCCCUGGCGUACCACGCCCCCGCUGCCUACGCCGCCCCCGCCCUGGCGUACGGCGCCCCCCACGCCAAGAUCAUCGGUUAAGUUGUGAUGCUUCCUCCCGUACUCAUCCUUCAUGUUCAUGUUGCCUCGUCUGCUCAGUUCCUCAUCGGUAAUAAAUUAUAAACAUUA